UACGCGAUGGCCGCUCUCUCAACAAUGUCAGGAUUUCGAAGCGAAAACAAUGGCUCCGUUGCUCGAAGAGGCGUGUUGCUGUUUUGACUAACUGCCGGAAUGGUAGCGGUAUCGUUUUAGCUCAUCGGUUUUGCGUUAAAGCCGGGCCGGUGGUGAGCCGUGUCUGUUAGGGACUCAGUGUUUUUCUUGUUCGUCUCCCGGGCCUGGCUGGAGCUGCCUACACUGUAGCGGCGGGUUGCUACUUUCGGAUGAGCGGGCAGUAGGUGUCGAAGAGGAGAGGGGUCUGAAUUUAAUCAAACUGAAGGUGAAACGAGUCUACAGAUCCUCGCAGUGAGUUGUAGGAUGGAUCCAGACGGUGGGGCAGAUUCACAAAAAGCUGUCAGUUUGCAGUGGAAAAGCUACAAACUCGUCCAGGACCCAGCCAUUAGGCGUGUCACCCAGAAGAUCUACAGAUAUGAUGGAGUGCAUUUCAGUGUGCCAGACUCUGGAUUUCCACCUGUGGGAGAACUGCGAGAUCCAAGACCCCGGAGACUGUGGUCCAGAUAUACAGAGCUGUCUCUGCCAGUGCCAAAGUUUAAGCUUGAUGAGUUCUAUGUGGGUCCCAUACCUCUCAAGGAGGUGACCUUUGCUCGACUCAAUGACAACAUCAAGGAACCCUUCUUGGCAGAAAUGUGUGCCAAGUUUGGUGAGGUGGAGGAGAUGGAGAUUCUGUUUCACCCCAAGACUAGAAAGCACCUAGGCCUGGCCCGAGUAUUGUUCACCAGCACCAGAGGAGCCAAGGACACAGUCAAGCACCUGCACAACACCUCUGUCAUGGGGAACAUCAUUCAUGCUCAGUUGGAUAUAAAAGGUCAACAGAGGCAGAAAUAUUAUGACCUGAUAGUAAAUGGGUCCUACACUCCUCAGACAGUGCCUCUAGGAGGCAAGGCUUUGACAGACAGGCUUCAGCCUCAGGCUUCAACACAGCCACAGCCUGACACGCCAUCAGAAAUCAGGCGGAGGCUUUCCAGUGAGCUUGCAGUUUUGGCAGCAGGGGUCCAGGCCCUCACAUCGGGAAAUGUCACACCUUCUGUAGAGACUGGGUAUGAUCAGCGUCUAGACACGCCCCCCUCCUCCAUGGCAGGUCCUUACACCCCAGGCUCCUCUGCGUCAUCUCAGGGUGGGGGAGGAACACCUUACAGUUCAAGAUCUGGGACCCCUUUUUCACAAGACUCGGGCUAUGCUGGUGGAAGGCAUCCUGGUUACAAUACUGGCACAAUGGGCAGCGGCUACCCUCCCCAGGACAUGUUACCUUCCUCAUCUUCGUCUUCUGCAGUCUCCUCGACGGUUGGAGGAUACAAAGUGUCUCGCUACUCCGAUGAAGCACAGGAACCUGCAGUGUAUCACCGGGGUCGUCCUAUGUACCCCCCAACCACAUCAUACCGUCCCAAUGAGCCACCAUGCUACCCCCCUUACCCUAAUGUUGGAGGACCUGGGCCACACAUGGCACACCACUCCUCAAUGCCCCCACCACCUCUUGCCAACCAAUAUGAUCAGCCCCUAAUGUCAGAAAGGGAGAGGGAGCGUGAAAGAGACUCAGGGGCACGGUAUGGGCCAGCGGGGAUUGGUUCCAGGAGGUCAUCUUAUCAUCACCAGCAAGACACAAACUCUUCCUCAAAGUACCAUUCCCAUCAUUCCCACCACCAUUCAGAUCGCAGGGAUGACAGGGGGUACAGGCGAGACAGCCUGGGCUCUCGGUCAGGUGACCACAGCCACCAGAGACACCGCAACCACCACCAUUCUCACAAUCACCAUGGCAGCAGCAGCCGCAGAAGAAGCAGCCAUGACCGGGACAGGGACAGAGACAGAGAUCGAGAUAGAGACAGGGAUAGAGACAGGGACAGAGACAGUGACUACUCUAACAGUUCGGAUCCCAGGUACAAUUCCAACUCGUACCGCUCUUCAUCUAACAGCAUGUCUCCUCCCCCAUCGUCCUACUCUGCAUACUCCUCCAAAGAGCCUGCCCCAGCCCCUCCUCAGGGAUUGGACGUUUCCACUCGCCUAGGGAGCACAAGUCUCACAGAGAGGGGUUCCCUGCCUUCAUUAGGUGCUGAAAAAGACUACCAUGGUCACCACAGUGCUCUGCCUCCACCUCCCCCACCUCCUCUCCCACCAGCUUCUGUUAUUGCAGCAGCUGUAGCAGAAACACUUGGAACACUGGACUUCAACCAGGAUAGUCCUGCCAGUGAAGAACAAUGGACAAAACCCAAACGUCGUCCCAGCACCCCACCUGCCCCACCCAAGACACCCCCACCUUCUUCUCCGCCCCACCCCACCAUUGCUUCCUCUUCCAAUUCUCCUUCUUCUACUUCCCUUCCCCACCAUCUUUCAUCUUCUUCUAGCUCCCCUCCACCCCCUCAAAGGGACUCCUCCUCCCCAGAGCCAGAUUCCACCAAUGAGAGUUUACCGUUUGUCUACCACAGCAGCAGUCUGGACUCUCGUAUUGAGAUGCUUUUGAAGGAACAAAAAGCUAAAUUCUCUUUUCUUGCCUCUGAUGAAGAAGACGAGGAGGAUAGGAAAGAGGAGAAGCAUGGAGGCGGAAGUGGAGAUGGAACAAGACGUGGGUCAAGUGAUGUGAAAGGGGAAAGGGAACAGGUGGGGGACAAUGGUGAGAAAGACCACAGGAGGAAAGGGGAAAGAGACAGAGAUGGCCACAGAGGAAGAAAAAGGGGAAAAGGGGGAGAAGGCAGGAAGAGUCCCACAGUACUUGCAGCGUCUACACCACCCGUUUCUACUUAUUCUCCCCACAUCCCACCCCCAGAGGAAACUCAGGCCCAAGUCGGCCCAGCUGGCCCUGGAGCGUUGCAGGAAGAGUCUUCACAGGCUGGAUCUGCUGAUGCACAGAGCCGGACAGGAGCGCACACACCACCUUUUAAUGGACAGAGUCAGGCCUCUCCUCAUUCCUCAGGAGAAGACAUGGAGAUCUCAGAUGAGGAGGAGGAGACUACGACCAUAACAACCGUGACCACCCACCAGCCAUCAGUCACCUCAGGAUCCUCACCUUCUUCAUCUCAGGCUGCCAUGACUUCACAAACAACAGACCCCUCAUCUUCACCCCCACCCAUCUCUGACUCUGCACAGCACUUUGGCACCUCCAUGCACCCUCCCAUACCAUCCUACCCCCCUCAUCUGCCCCCUCCACCACCCCCUGGUUACUCCCUACAACCCCCACCUCCACCAGGGAUUCCUCCCCUUCCUCACAUGGAGCUACACCCUGAGUAUCCUCCCCCCAUGCCCCACCACAUGUAUGACUAUGCCAGCUCCAUGGAGCUGAUGAACCAGUACAGUGGUGGAACCCCUAUGUCUUUCCAAAUGCAGACCCACAUGUUAAGUCGCCUACACCAGCUGCGCAUGUCAUCAUCCAAUGGCACCCCAGGCCCAGGUGAGGCAGCUACUGCAGACUACAACUCCUACCAUCUCCACUCUCUUCCACAACAUCACACACACCACCCCUACAUGGACCAAGAGGGCAAUGGGGCAGGCACUCAUUAUGACCAAGACCACCGAUACAUGCCACCCCACAUGACCUAUCCAUACCCUGAUCCCCACAGCACUCAAAUACCACCCCAUCCACACCAUGGCAUCCCGCCUCCACACACUGGCUGGCCUCCACAUGUCUUACCGCCACACUACUCAUCUUAUAUGCCCCCACCUGGCUAUGGCACCAUGCUGCCUGGGGAUGGAGAUGAGUACAGGGCUCCAGGGGAGGAGAUGUCCAUACUGGCAGAGAAUCCUCAUGAAGCCACAGUGCAGAUGGUCUUGGCCACUCUUAUCCAAGAAAUGAAGAACAUCAUGCAAAGGGACCUGAACCGCAAGAUGGUGGAGAAUGUAGCCUUUGCCACCUUUGACGAGUGGUGGGAGCGGAAAGAGACCAAGGCCAAGCCAUUCCAGACGAUGGUUAGGGGGGUUUCUGCGUUACGGGAUGAAGAGAAAAAAGAGGAAAAGGUCAACCGUCCACGGGAGCCUCUCAUGUCUCUUGUGGAUUGGGCAAAGAGUGGUGGCAUGGAGGGAUUUUCUCUCCGUGGAGCACUACGACUGCCUUCCUUCAAGGUGAAAAGGAAAGAACCUCAGGAGCUUGAAGAGGGCGACAUGAAACGGCCACGACCCUCAACGCCACCAGACGAAGAUGAUGAAGCUGCUGACGGGAGAAUACCAGAGGCAGACCGGCAUGGAGCUGAAAGGGACAACAAGAGGAGGAAAAAGAAGCCUAGAAAUCGGAAACCCUGGGAGCUUGACAGUGAGGGAGAAGAAACAUCUGAUGGUUCUUCUACUGAAAAGGAGGAUGAGGAAGACGAAAGUGGAAAAGAGUCUGAUGAUGAUGUCCUCAGUGCAGACAGUGACGACGAGAGCCUCUCAUCCUCUUCUGAAGGCUCUUCAUCUUCAGGAUCUUCAUCUUCAUCCUCUUCUGAGGAUGAAGAUGAAGAGGAAGGAGAGCAGGCAGAAAGUGAAGGACCAGACAGCAUGGAUGAGUCAACUUUGGAUAGCACAACUGAGAAAGACAAUGAGAGGGAAAAUAAUGCAGCUGUUCCAAAGGCAGAGGUCAAAGCAGGUGAUACAAAAGAUGGCAAGGCAGACACAACGGCACCUACCAAACAUCCCCCCUCACCACCAUACCCACGCCCUACAUCCCCUAUCGUUCUUGUGCCCCCUCUCAAGAAGCGCAAAAAGACAGUCUCCUUCUCUACAGACGAGAACGAAAGCAAAAUGCAAUUGCCAGCUGCACCACCAUCUCCGUCGCAAGUUUCGGGUGAAUCUCCCCUCCUCUCAGGCAGGCUUCCAGACUCGCCCAUCACUGCAACCUCACCCAAUUCAUCUCGUCCCAGUCAGGGCAUCCAGCUGCUUCCCUUUGCCUCUAAACCAGGCGAAGGGAAUGCUCUCAUUGUGCCCCCAUCUGGACGAACCCAAGAUACUGAGGAGUCCAAGAGAGGACCCCUCAUUUCUCCCCAGACUACCCCUGUCAAAUCCCCUAGCAAACGCAGUGCAGGCAAAGAGUCUCCCAAAUCUCCUGCUCCUCCUGUUAUGGUGUGCCGCACUGUGCAGAACCUGCCUUUGGACCAUGCCUCUAUGUGUAGGAUGGCCUUUGAGGAGGCCCCAGCACCCCCAUCUGUCAACAAAAGGUCCAGAGGCAGACCACGGACAUCUAGCCUGUCUACUUCUUCCUGUCACUCUCUCAGAGAGGAAGAUGAGGAUGAGGAAGAAAGUGAGCAGAGGUUAAGACUAAGAGAACAGGUUGGGGCCUCCAGCCUCCUGCAGCUGGCCUCUGCUUCAACAACUGACCUGUCUGUGUUAGCUGAUGUGGCUUUGAAAAUGGACCCUGAUCCUGGAGACUCAGAGGAGACAGAAACAUCUGAUGAAGCAGAGGAGCACAAGAUGGAAGGAAAUUAUUUCUCCCCAGAGUCGCUGGCCCUCCUUAUGAGUCCAGGGGCUGUAAUUGUCCUUAUGGAGCACAACUACUGCAAACCCCCUGUUGUCCCAGCACCAACUGGUGCCAAAAGGACUUCCUCCAGACAAGAUUCUUCUGUUUUGCUCCCAGCCGACCUCAACGCAAUUUCUGGGGUGCUUGAAGCACCAGAGGAAGUCAUUGGAGAUCCACUUACAUCAAGGGGAGAUGCAGGAGAAUUCUUGUCUGCAGUGGAAGAGAUGUGUGACUCUGAGGAUACGGGCCAGGUCACGCCGGUGUCUCCAUCAUCAAAGAAGAAGAACCUAAUUGGCAAGGGUUUUGAAAUUGAAGAGGAAAAGAGCAAAAAGAGGAAGAGAAAAGAUAAAGAAAACCUUGAGGUUCAUCACACAAAAAAGCAGAAGGAGCAGCCAGGCAAGAAACAGAGGAAGCGGAAAUUAGAGGACUCAGAUUUGGAGGAAGAUGUGGAUGUGGAGGAGCUUGAAUCUGGGGAGCUGUCCAGCUCAGACACUGAGGAAGAGUUGGUUGAAGAGGUGAGGAAGAGUGAGCGGCUCUUUUUGCAAGAAGCAGGAAUAACAACAUCCCAGAACCGGGCGAAACCUGUCCCAGCGCCUGAGCCACCAGCUGUGAAGUUUGACAACCGCAGUGAAUUUGAGCAGAUGACCAUCUUGUAUGACAUCUGGAACUCCGGUCUGGAUGGUGAAGACUUGUUGUUUUUGAAGAAGACUUAUGAGAAGCUGCUGCAGGAUGACCAUAGCUCUGACUGGCUCAAUGACACUCAUUGGGUCAACCAUACUAUAACCAAUUUGCCAAAUCCUCGCCGCAAAAAGAAGAACACAGAUGGGCAGCUUCGUGAGCAUGUGACCGGUUGUGCCAGGAGCGAGGGGUACUACGCCAUCAGCCGCAAGGAGAAGGAUGUCUACCUGGACCUUGACCUACCCGAGCAGGUCAUACGGGAGGUGGAGAAUGUCGACACCUCGGGUGCUAACCGAGUGCUAUCAGAGAGACGUUCAGAGCAGCGGCGCCUCCUCACUGUCAUCGGCACCACUGCCGUCAUGGACUCUGACCUGCUUAAACUCAACCAGCUUAAGUUCCGAAAGAAGAAGCUUCGUUUCGGACGCAGCCGAAUCCACGAAUGGGGCCUGUUUGCCAUGGAGCCCAUUGCUGCUGAUGAGAUGGUCAUUGAGUAUGUGGGUCAAAACAUAAGACAGAUGGUGGCUGACAAUCGAGAGAAGCGUUACGCACAGCAAGGCAUCGGGAGCAGCUACUUGUUCAGAGUGGACCAUGAUACGAUUAUAGAUGCCACCAAGUGUGGGAACCUUGCACGAUUCAUCAACCACUGCUGCACUCCAAACUGCUACGCCAAGGUCAUCACCAUAGAAUCCCAGAAAAAGAUUGUGAUCUACUCAAAGCAACCCAUUGCCGUCAACGAAGAGAUCACGUACGACUACAAGUUCCCACUGGAGGAGAACAAGAUCCCUUGUCUGUGCGGAACGGAGAAUUGUCGUGGGACGCUCAACUAGUCAACGCACUUCUCUCCCGCACUUACCAAUGGCCAAUGGCCAGCCAUACCCGGUAAACACCUCCCUUUCCCCAUGAGUUCGCUCUCCUAAAUGUGUAACUUGAACCACCCCCAGUACCCUAUGCUGCCCCUCCUCAUGGCCUCAUAGCCAGCCUCACAGUACCUAGGACGUAGACACGCACACACUUGGCACUUUUCACACACAGUUUUCAUUCUCUAGGCAGUUUCACAGCCACAAGCUAGUGGGUGAUGGAUUGGCGUCAUCUGGCUCUCGAUGCAUGGACAAGGCCUUUAGCAUCAGCUCGUUAGUGGCAGUAUUACUGGACAAAACCGGGCGCUCCAAGGGAGUUGCUGCGUCAGUCAGGGCAUGAAGGAUUUGUCUGAUUCCAUGCCAACAUCCGUUUGAAAGGAGACAAUGUGGAGAAAAAAAGAGAAAAGGAAAAACGUCUCUUGGCACUCUCUCAGACAUGGCUUCAUUACUCUUUUAAAGUGACGGCAUCAGUCAGACAUAGGUCAUUUUUAUGUUCCUCAUGACUUCAUCCAGACAUACCUGUGGUGCACGCACAAUAUUUCACUUACUUUCAAAGGGAUUAUAUUUUUGUAAAUAACUAUUGUUAGUAUCGACUUUAGUGAAGUGAAACUACACUUUCGGUGUUCAUUUCCUCUGCCAUUAUCUCUAAGAGCAGCACUUUAUCACUUGUUUGCAUGCUGCUGUGAAAGUUGUAUUGUGCGUCUCAUAACCAGCCUCUGAAAUAUUGUUUUUUCUUUAUUGGGUGUAGCUGAAACAAAUCGGUGAGGGACGCUUUGAUCUUUAAUUAAAGCAGUAGGUAGGAAAAAUGUCGUCCAGAAGUUGCUGCUGUUUAGGGCACUUAAUAAUUCACAAACAUGCACAAGAUGUGCAAAAAUAAUAUUGUGCAUAACUAUCUGUAAACUUGGCAGCAUGCAGAGUUGUGCCAGGAUCCUACUCUCUAAGAUUUUCUUUGUGACAGCUACAGAAGCCAGGGUGUUUAUUCAGAUGUAAAGCAGAUGCAUUUGGAUGCCGUCACGUUAAUGAUAAGGAGUUCAUGUCUGAAAGGGGCUUUGUUUUGUCGGCGGCGUCCAGGAGUCACUCCUCUAGUGUCGAAUUCCUUCUGUAACCACACACCCAUACAAAUCCGCACAGAGACGCACAUGAAUACCAGAAAAAUUCAGGGUUUUUAGACUCGCUCGCUAAGGGCGUAACUUUUAAGAUAAAUCACUUCAAUCAAUUUGGUCUUCAGUUAUGCAAGAUUUCCAAGUGUGAGGGUUGUUUUGGAGCUUUUUUUAAAAUUUCAUUUCAUAGUAUUAUAUUAUAUUACUGUUGCUGUUAUUAAUGGUAUUGUUACUUAUUUGCAUUAGCUGUAAGUAUAUUACAGUGAAAUGAGCUUCAGUGUACCCAUCCACUGUCCUCAGUGGCUUUGUGAUCCACCAGCCCUAUAAAUCCUUUCUCCCCUCUCCACUGUGUGUUACUCUCCUGUUUUGCAACAGGCUCCGGUCUGUAUGAGAGUAAAGCCGUUUUAACCCACUGUGAAAAUGUGUAAUUUAGGUUUCAGCUUACAGUGUGCGUGUUUUUUGCUUUGUUUUUUUGUUUGUUUGUUUUGUUUUGUUUUUAAAUGCCACUGUUAAACUUUUAUAUUCCCCUCUUUAUUUUUUUCCUUCUCCAUACUUAUGGACACUGACAUAUGUGCUUUUAACAAAUUAUUUGUGUGCUCUUUGUGGGCUCUUUAUUCAUCUACAAUAUUUAGGGCUGUGCUUGUGAAAUGCAGUUGAGCACAUGUCCAGUGGGGGUGGGAUGAGAAAUUGUCAAUGGCUGUUUCUAUCACCAACACAAUGGAGGAGAGUGUAUACGUUCAUAACUCACAUCGCUUGUUUGUCAUCGAUGAUUUGGCACACUAUCUGCUGUGUCAACAGAGAAGUCGCAAAAGUAUGUGCUGUUGUCGACAAGGUCACAUGUCCCUGUUUGUGGGUGAAUUCUAAAGAUUCACAAAGGACAUGUAAUCCUAUUAGCAAUGACGCUGGUUUCACAGCCGUUGCAUUUGUUGGUUAAAAGCAUGUUUGUCAGUGACGUAAGUCAAGAAAAGGUUUUGUUGCUGCUUACAAUAUAUCAUCCUGUUUCGUUUCAACAAGCGCACAAAUUCCUGUUUAAACAAUUGACAAAAACGUUUUCUGCAAAUCCUUCUCCCUAGUUGCUUUGUUAGGUUCUGAAUUACACAAAUGAGUUUGUGAACAAUGCUGCUGGCUUUGCAGCCAUUUGCUACAAGUUUGCAUUUCUAGCAGAGCCCCAAGUCAAAUAAAGUUAUAAUAAUAAGAAGAACUCCUUCGAGGUAAACUUGGCAGAUCUUUUUGUAAGGCACAUUUAUUUGAUUUGGUUAUUUCUGUUCAAAGACUUAAAGUUCUUGCUUUCCCCUUGUGUUGCAGAUCUUUGCAGAAUUCAUGAGAAUGCAUUAUAUUUUACUUCAGUCAUCCCUUCUGAAAGAUCGUAACUCAAAAAAAAAAAAAAAUCCUGCUUACAGUCUGUUUGCAGUGUAGAUAGGUGAAAGUGUCCGUGUCCCUGCGAGGUUAACAAUCCUAGGCAGUUUCUGAUACGUUGCAGACGGGGAUUUCAAUGACCUUUGUGUUGUCCUUUUUUUUUCAUGGCUAUGGCCGUCCAAAGUUUAACUUUGAUGUUGAACUUUUAACUAAACUCCUGUUUAUUUGUUCUUUCCCAAACAGGAAAAUGUGUAAGAUAUUUCUUGUUGCAAUGAAAGCCUUUCAGUACAAACCAACCCUCUUUAAUAAAGGAGAAAAAGAUGAAAGGAAAAAAAACAAAAACAAAAAAACAAAGAAGUACAUGUAAAUAUUGUAGAGGUGUUUGUUUCUUGUAGAAACACACUGAUUCCAAGCUGUAAAUAUGUUUGUUCCGUUUCCUUACUCAAUGAGGAGGAAACAUGUACAUACCUUCCAUUCAUUUAUUUUUUAUUGUUUUUCCUUUUAAUUUGAUGAUUAUUUUAAUAUUAUUUGCAAUAUUUCUCUUGUAUUAAUGCGUUGGACCCUUUAUUAAUGGUGCAUUAAAAUAUUUUUUAAAUAAA